CAGUGAGCGAGCGAGUGGCGGCGCGUGCCUCAUGAAUGAGUCCCCCUCCAAAGCACAGCAGGUCGGACCCUUCAUCCGCCUGCACCCUGAUGCCCGUGUGGGUGCGCAGACCGGCGGGGAACAGUAGAGGAGCCAGCCGCUGAGCCCGGACAGUAAACACUUGGCAUUAGUGCUACAUGACCGUUUCAUCCCGUGAGGAACAGCACGACAGGAUAAAGGCACGAUGCUUGAUGGACUCAGGCGGAGGCACGCCUCCCGGCCCUCCUCACGACCCCUGUCACUCAACUUCAGCACCUUCUCUGCCCCUCCCCCAAGCCCAGACAUGGAAAGCAGCAGUGAGCAUCCAAUCAGGAGGACUCUGCACCGGCUGAAGUUGAUGAGCUCCCCCAGCCUCAGCGAGCUGGGGAAAAGUGAGAAAAGUUCACCAGAGGACAGAGGAGAGAAGCAGAAGAGGGCAGGAGCCAACGCCACCUGGAACAGCAUCCACAACGCUGUCAUCGCCGUCUUCCAGAAGAAAGGUUUGGCAGAUAACGAACUCUACGUCCUCAACGAAGGUGUCCGGCAUCUGUUAAAGACUGAGCUGGGUUUUUUCUUCACAGAAUACCUUCAGAACCAGUUGCUUACAAAAGGCAUGGUCAUUCUUCGGGAUAAAAUAAGGUUCUACGAAGGUCAGAAGUUACUCGACUCUCUGGCAGAGACCUGGGACUUCUUCUUCUGUGAUGUUCUCUCGAUGCUGCAGGCCAUCUUCCAUCCGGUUCAGGGCAAGGAGCCCUCUGUGCGACAGCUAGCUCUGCUUCACUUCAGAAACACCAUAGUUCUGAGCGUAAAGUUAGAGGACGCCCUGUCUCGACCUCGGGCCCGCGUGCCCCCCUCUGUUACACAGAUGCUGCUUAUUCUACAGGGGGUCCAUGAGUCACGCGGUGUAAAUGAGGACUACUUGAGGCUCGAGUCCCUGAUUCAGAAGGUGGUCUCGCCCUACCUGGGCACACACGGGCUUUACUCUGGGGAUGGUGCUGAGGACCAUUGCUGUGUUCUGGAGAAGCGUUUACCGUGGGGCUGGUCCAAGUCUACGGAUCAACCGUCUAAAAACCCUGUGGUACGAUCGAAAAGCUACAAUAUCCCUCUGCUGCUGACCCCUGUGGCUGAAUAUGACCCAGAUGCCAGCUCUGUUGGCAGUGGAGGAAUUCGGCGCCACUCGGCCUGUGAGAUUAUAACAUGCCUGGAGGAACAAGGACUGGCCUACGCUGACUUGGCCUCAUCUGAACUGUCUGGCCCCUCCUCAAACAGGCUGUGUGUGGGCUCCCAGUUCAAUGGUAUUGUACAAGCGGGAGCGAGUGCCAUGGACUUGCCUCUUUCGUCUCCCUGUAUCCUUCCACUUCAUUCCUCAGGAGCUCUGCAUGGCACUGAGGCCACAACAACAAUGACUGAUCUAAGUAAGGGAGCAUCCUCCACGCCGCCCAGCGAAUCAUCCAGCCCUGAAACCAUUAUUGGACAAGUGCUAGAGUCUGCAGACUCAGACUCAGAUGGGAUAUUUAUUGAUUUCCCACCUCACUCCUCAGAGGCUAUGGGGUACUGCCGCGAGAGCAGGCAGAGCACUGUGUAGCUGUGGUUGCCUUUAGGAACACACACACACACCCCUUUUCAGUGUGUACGUUGAUAAUUUGUGGGACAGAUUUAAGAUAAAACUACAUUUCAUUAAGUUGGUACCAUCUUCCUUUGUUACGAGUCAAUUCCAAGUGCUUUCACUAGUGAGUGAAAACCUUGCAACUUUAACAUGUCUAGUUUUUAAGAGCUAAGAAAAACAUCUUUGUCCAACUAAUUACAAAGCAAAUACCAGUGGAAUUAUUAUUAUUAAAAGGACUGAAAUAUUUUACCAGGUUUUUAAUUUGAAGACACCGUAGCUGUGACUUUAGCCAAGCUUUUUAUCCUGAGCUUUCAAAUAUUUUCAUAAACCCAAAUAAAUCAGAUUAAGACAUAAGUCUGGUGAUAUUCUAUAUUUUUCUUAUAGACAACAAAUUCCAUGAAAAGACCAAAAUCAAUGAUAAAUUGAUCCCAGUUUGCUUCUGUAGCCAAAGCCUGAUUUAUUUUAUUCUACUGCCACAGACCUCAAUUUUGUCCCAAAACUACUAAAAACACAUUAAUGAGCCAAAUAGUUGCACUGACAUGUUUCUUCUUUUGGAUGAACAUGGGCACUGUAGUUUAUUUUGACUCAAUCCCACAUACACAUCGCUUGUACUGUAAAUACUCAAUACAUCAACAAAUGUAUAUUAAUCUGUGGCUGGAAAUAGUCCCCAGCAAAUGCAGUAUUUACUCCUGUUUAAGUAACUUCUGCUAAAAACUACAGUGCUCAGCUCUUUAAGGGACUUAUUUAGCUAGAAUUUUAAACUAUAUUAUUGUGACUCAUUUUUUAAAGAUGUAUCUUUAGUAUAAACAAAUGGGUUUGGAGCUGAGACAUGCUGGGGAAGUCAGAGUAUUGAGAGAUGGACUAACACAUUGGUGGUUUUGGUCUUUUCAUAAGAUAUGUUGACAAUAUCAAAAAUAUACACUAUAGUUAAUAUUAACCCAUAAAGGAGCAUGUAAUCUUUCCACUGGGGUUAAAAUCAGAGUUAUGAGGUUUUCAAACAGCAUUAGUUUCUUACCUUUACUGGAGGAGAUGGCUGUUAAAGCCACCAUUUACAUGGAAAAGUGACAGAAAGUUAACAUAUUUAUCAUGGAUUUUUUUGUAUAUGUGUAUUUUUAAUCUCGCAACUGUUUACGCUUCGUUGUCUGCCUCUUGGCAGUAACACAGUAAUGAGGUCUUCUGCUCUCUCUUUUGUACGACAUCUUAUGAAAAUGUGGACUGUUGAAUUGUUUUCAUUGUCAGCGGCGGUUAUAGAGGUCUAAUGCAAACUUCACUUCUUAGAGCAAACAUCAGUGUGACAGUAUUUGCUUUUCUGUAUUAGCUCUGUAAAGCAGGACUUUAAGGAAUGACAAUGUUUAUUGUUUACAUUUGAUAAAGACAUGAACAUUUUGACUGAA